CGCCAAAAACUCAACCAUCUGAAUUUCCUGGUAAUUUCCACCUUACCCACCACAUGACUAUUGACUAAUUGUAGACUACUACUUCCUCCAUUCUUUUUCUUUUUCUAUAUAAUAUCACCACUUCAUUCUUAUCCCCUUUCAUUACUUUCCUUGCUAACUCAUCACUAGAUUAAUUCACAAAUGGACUCCCCUACGGUUAACUUGUCUCUUGGAAUCAAUCUCAACUCCAAUCCUCCCCAUUAUCCAGAUGAUGAUCCGCAGACAGAUCACUUGGUCGAAGAGCUAAACCGGAUGAAUACGGAGAACGAGAGGCUGACAAAAUUGCUAACAGUGGUCUGUGAAAAUUACAAAACCACACAAACCCAACUCGCAGAUUUGGUGAUGCAGAAGAAUGAUAAUAAUAGGAAGAGAGUGGCCGAGGACGAUAUAUUCCCUACUAAUUAUUAUGUUGAGGGAGAUUCGUAUAAGAGAUUCAAAGAAAUCAAGACAGAUGUUUCCAGAGUGCUUGUGCGAGCUGAUCCAUCUAACAAGAGCCUGGUGGUGAAGGAUGGUUAUCAGUGGAGAAAGUAUGGUCAGAAGGUGACUAGAGAUAAUCCAUCUCCGAGAGCUUACUACAAAUGCUCCUUCGCCCCCAACUGCCCUGUCAAAAAGAAGGUUCAAAGAAGUGUCGAAGAUGCCUCUAUUAUAGUAGCUACUUACGAAGGAGAGCAUAACCAUACCAUGAGCUCGUCUUCGCCAAGAGAACCGCACCAAAAUUUGGUAUCAACGACGUCUUCUUCGAGCCCCAGGGCGAAGUCUGUGUCAGCAGGGCACAACAAAGAUGUAGAGAUUGAUAGGAUGCAUCAACCUAAAUUAUGUACCGAUGUUGUCGCGGAAGGUACUGCACCAUUAGUUCAACAGUUCUUGGUCGAAAAAAUGGCUUCGUCCUUGACGAGAAACCCUAGUUUUACUGAAGCACUUGCAGCUGCCAUUUCUACUAAAAUUUUGGAGUAUGAUCUUAUGGAUGGAUGGUAAACAUGAUUAGUUCUGGUAAUUGUACUCUGGGAUGAGAAAUGGGGAGUUAUAUUGAUGUAAAAAUGUUAUCAUUGCAUGGGAAUUUUGUUCAUAAAUAAUUAUGUCUAGUAUAUAUUGUAAAUAUAAUUGAUUGUA